AUGCUAAAAUCAAUAACAGAAGUCUUUGACACAUUCAUCCAAUUCAAAGCACGAGUAGAAAAUGAAACUGGUCGAAAAAUCAAAAUACUUCGAACAGACAAUGGAAAAGAGGUCGCCAAUCGGCGCAUGAAUAUUCCAAAUAGUAACUCAAUUGACGAUAAUCGUAUAGACAGUCGUCAACUAGCGCCAGCACCUAACAUCAAUGAAGAGGCAACUGGACUGACACAACCUGCUGAAGUUGACAGAAAUGCAGUUUAUCUUGAAUUAGCACAAAGUGACACAGAGAAAACAAUAAAUAGCAACAUACACAGCCACAUUGGUACAACUGAAAUUGAAGGUUUCUGUGACGCUGAUUACGCAUCAGACCUCCGUCAGCGGGUAUCAACGACCGGUUAUAUCUUCAAGUUAGCUGGGGCAGCAGUUUCCUGGACUUCAAAACGACAACAAACCGUCGCUCUAUCAACUACAGAAGCUGAGUACAUGGCUCUAUCAGCAGCAGCGCAAGAAGCGGUAUACCUUCAAGGAUUGCUCUUCGUGAAUUGUGUCUUACGCAUAGUGAAAAACUAUGUGAAACCUGUAAGUACCGAUAAGCAGCAAGCGGAUUUUUUGACAAAGGCACUGCCUAAAGGUAAACAUCAGUGGUGCUGUCAAGCUGUGGGACUUUCAGAGUUUACGAACUGA